GUCUCUUACUUUACCUCCUUGGAGGAAAACCCAACUGGAGCCCCUCCUUUUUCUGCCUUCGGCUUGGGUCCUAUAUUAUAAACCAAAGGGAGGAAGGACAGCUAGCUAGCUGUAUCAGAGAGCCCCAUACCUAGUCGAUCGUCUGCUCUCUUCUGCCUAGCUAGGUUUACCCUCCUUGUAUCCAUGCUCGUAUUUCGUUAGGAUCUGCCAUGUUAUGCUCAUGUAUAUGUCUGCAGUUUACAUCGAUCUUGUUGCUUUGUUUAUAUGUUGUGUCUCUUUGAGGAAAUCGACUCAACUCAUCUCACCCUUUCUCUUCUUCUGCUAAGUUCCGGGCUGAGACUAAGAAGAGGUCGAGAUGGGGAGGGGAAGGAUUGAGAUCAAGAGGAUCGAGAACACCACUAGCCGGCAGGUGACCUUCUGCAAGCGCCGGAACGGGCUCCUCAAAAAGGCCUACGAGCUCUCCGUCCUGUGCGACGCCGAGGUGGCGCUCAUCGUCUUCUCCAGCCGCGGCCGCCUCUACGAGUACUCCAACAACAGUGUCAAGGCUACAAUUGACAGGUACAAGAAGGCACAUGCUUGUGGCUCAACCUCUGGGGUACCUCUCAUAGAAGUCAAUGCUCAGCAAUACUACCAGCAAGAAGCUGCAAAGCUGCGCCACCAGAUCCAGAUGCUGCAAAGCACUAACAAGCACUUGGUUGGUGAUUCUGUUGGGAACCUGUCACUCAAGGAGCUGAAGCAACUCGAAAGCCGGCUUGAGAAAGGCAUUGCGAAGAUCAGGGCCAGGAAGAAUGAGCUCCUAUCUUCUGAGAUCAACUACAUGGUCAAAAGGGAGAUAGAGCUUCAGAGUGACAGCAUUGAUCUCAGAACCAAGAUUGCGGAGGAGGAGCAGCGGUUGCAGCAGGUGACUAUCGCCAGGCCCUCGGUGGCGCCGGAGCUGAACCCUUUCACCGCACUGGACAUGAAGUGCUUCUUCCCUGCCAACCUCUUCGAGGCGGCGGUGCAUGCGCACGCGCAGGCACAGGCUCAGGCUCAGGCUCAGGCCUCGCUUCAGCUGAACCUAGGCUACCAGCAGCUUGCUCCACCGGGCGCCGGCGAUGUGGCUCAUCAGUUCUAGUCAACCUGCAGGAGCUCUUGCUUGACUACACACACUGCAAUAAAACUGGAAAGUCGUCGGCAGUGUUAUCAGUACUCAACUGUUCCGGUCAAACCGUCUGGCUAAGAUAUAUGUGUGCUAAGUUUUAUUGUCUCAAGUACCUCUAAAUUUGCCGCUGGUGUAGAACCAAAUUUCUGAGAUAAAACCUAUUGAUUAAUAAUUAUUUUUUUCCUU